GGAGGAGGAGGAGGGUGAUUAGAGCACGAAGAAGAAGAAAGACAAGAAAAUGACGAAAAGGGACGGGGCCGCUGCCCCGGAGCCGUGGGAACCGCCGGGGCGCCGUGAGGGGCAGUGCCGCCCGGUGCUCCGGGCUGAGGCCGUGGGCAGCCCGGGUCCGUGGGGGAAUCGCCCGGAGCGCGAAGGGACCCCGACAGCAUCGCCUGAGCGGGGGAUCUGGAUCCAGCUGUCAGUGGAACAAUUUGUAACCAAAAGUCUUGUUUUGUGGCAGGAAGGAAGCUUGUCGCCCGCGCAGGUUGCCCCGCCGGGGUGUCGCUGCGCAGCCAGCGGGGAGGCCGGGCGGGGUGUUACCUUCCCCCGGCCAACGCUGCCUGCCCCUGUCGGGGUGACAAGUGGAAGGAUCUGGGACAAGUGCAAAAACCCUGCUGCAGUGACCACAAGAGCAUGGCUGGGGGAGAUCAGGAGUGAGAGCAUAUGUGACCACACAGGAGGGCUCUCUCCAUGUGCAAGGUCAGUGCUGAAAGGAGAAUAUUAUCGAGACCUGUGUCAAGCAGAGACUUCCUUCACACUGAAAUAACCGAGUGUUUGCCUAAGGAACAGUAUAAAACAGACUAAAAUAAAUGCACGAACUCUAAACAUUCAAAAGAGAAGACAAAAAUCAAUUCAUAUUUACAUUGUUGGAUUUUUAAAAAAAUGAAGUAAUAACUCACUAAAUUCUUAAUAUUGUUCUUGAAUAUACAGGACAUUUGCCAAAGUCUGUAACUAUGUGUGCUUUAUUUCAAAUAUGAUGCAACCCAUAACCGGCAUUCUGCUUAAUUUUGCAGUAUGAGCUGUCUUUAUCCAUUAUUUAUUGUGUUCAGAUAUGAGGAGGAUCAGAAUAUGAAACAGAAAGAGCUCAGUGGCUUUGAGGAUGAAUUGUAGACAUGAGAUGAAAUGGAGUAGUAAAACCUGCAGUGCUUAAGUGUCUGGAUUGAGAAUUACUGAAGGGAAGAUCCAGGAGGGUUGGAAGUUGCCCUGGCAAUGUGGCCUUGGAAGGGUGAAUGCAGAUCCCUGGAGCUUCUGGUGAGAGAUUCUCACUAAAGCCAGGGAGGCAUUAGUGCCAUUGUGCAAGGCCCUAAAGCACCUUAUCAGGAAUAAUGUGUAUGAUUCUCUCUGUCCAUUUUCUAGAAGUGAAUUUAGAUUGCAACAGGUUCAGAGGACAGAUAGUGUGUCUGGAAGAACAGGAAAGAGGAGAUGAGGUAUCAUGGCAAAAUGAAAUGACAGAAAAACAAAGAAAAUAUAUGAAAGUUUAAGUAUAGUAUACUUCCUGAUCAAUAAAUAGUAUAAUUUCUGUUGACUUGAUAUAAUUUCUGUUCCCACAUGUAAUUUCUUAACAAUCAACAGUGUCAUUUUUCAGGUGGUGAGGGACUUUAUGAAUAACAGGGAGGAAAUACAUUUUUUUUAAAGUUAAUGUUAGUUCCAGAAAAGUGUUUAGAAAUUUAUAACAGAUACAUUUCUAGAGAAAUUUACAGAUUCCUAAUUCUGAGGACAGUUUGUAACACGCAUCCAGAAUUAAGUGGGGACAAAAUUAUUUUACUGCUUUAAAGCUGGCACUCGAGACAAAAUUCUAUACAGUAUUCCUUUUAACACCAAAGGACAGGACUCAAUUUAGAAAAUCUCUUUAGUUUUUCUGUUCAUCUUUGUCUUUUAGAUAUUUUGCCAUCUGAAAAGUAAUAAUAAACCAAAUCACUGCAAUGGAAGGAAUUUAAAAUCCUUCUGUCUGAAGUUGUCUAAAACUAAUAAUGAUUUGGGGGUCUUUUGAAGAAGGGUGGCUUCUAAACAAAUCUGUCAAAUAUUAAUUUAAGUCUCUGUUUAGUCUACAGCAGUGAAAUUGCUUUGAAUAGAAAAUGCAUGAUAAAAUAUGUGUAGUGGGUCUUGUCAAAAAGCUUUUCCAUUCUGUUUCACAUUUUCCAAUAACAGGCAAUCUCCACUGCAUUUAAUAAAAAGUAAUAAAACUUCUGAAGCCAGAACUGAUUGCUGGUUAAUUUAAAAGAAAGUUUGUUACCUCUCUUUGAGUAUACUGCUCAUUUUCUGAAUCUAGAAGUCAGUGGUUAAAUAAAGUCUCUCUGGGAGGAAUUUUCCAUUGUGAGUCAUAAGCAUUGGAUUGACAACCUUUAUAGAAAUUUAAAUGCAGUCCUAUUAAACAGUACACUUCUGUAGACACUGAGGGAUAAAUUUCUUUCACUGGGUGCGGGGGCACUAAGGUGCAGUAUCUGGGAGAAUGACUUGUAGAGAGUUCAUGUAGCUAUGAGAAGCCAUGAGGCUGGGAUCUGCCUGGCUGGAACACCUGUAGUAUCCCAUUAGGAGGGCAGGAUAUCUAAUGGUACAGAGCCCAUCAUCCGGCAGCAAUUAUCUAAAUGGUGUUUGUCCACAGGAAUAAAGCAACAGCUAUAUAAAUAAA